AUGAACAAGCGACAUCUUGCAAUAGAAGAGGAUGACCUCUACUCUGGCUACAACGACUAUAAUCCACUGUUUGACUGCAAGGAGCUGGACAGUGAUGUGGGCUUUCAAGAAGCAGUCAGGAGCAGUCAUGGAAGGAAAUCAGUCAUACAGUCGGGCAAUGCACAUCUUCCUGACAUUAAUACAGGGGGGCGACCUUUAACUUCUUCAUCUGGAUCGAGGACGCCCAUGCCGUCAUCAGGUAGCAGACCAGUGACGGGAGCCGUGCAGGGCGGUGUGGCUCGCCCCAUGUCAGCCAUCAGUGCAGCAGGUUACUCCUCCUCCCCCACCCGCACUUCAGUCUUUGACCCUCUGGGCCAGUCCAGGGGCCCGGCACCCCCGCUUGAAGAAAAGAAAGACGACACGCCUGAGGAGAAGAUCAAGAUGUUGGAGAAGAAAGUAAAUGACUUGACAACAGAGAGCUGCAUGGCACAAAGCACGGGCAACUCCCAACUGGCUCUUGAAAAAGCCAAAGAGGCUGAGAGGAAGGAGAGAGCACUGGUGAGACAGCGGGAGCAGUCCGGCAAUGUAGAACAAAUCAACGUAGAUCUGACCUACGCUGUUCUUCUCAACCUGGCUAACCAGUAUGAAAACAAUGAGAUGUAUCCAGAGGCCAUGAGUAGCUACCAACUCAUCGUGAAGAACAAGAUGUUCACCAAUGCAGGACGUUUGAAGGUGAACCUGGCCAACAUCUUUGUCAAGCAGGAGAACUACCCCAAAGCCAUUAAGUUCUACCGCAUGGCGCUGGACCACAUCUCAGACGACUACAAGGAGAUGAGGAUCAAGAUCAUGCAGAACAUCGGCACGGUCUUCGUCCUGCUGGGCCAGUACUCAGACGCCAUCACAUCCUUUGAGCACAUCAUGAGCAAGAGUCCCAACAUCAGGACCGGUUACAACCUCAUCCUGUGCUACUACGCCACCAGAGACGGGGAUGGAAUGAAGAACGCCUUCCAGAAGCUCCUUUCUGUCCCGCUGGGCAUCGACGACGAAGACAAGUACAUCUCCGCUAAUGAUGACAUCAAAUCAAACAUGUUGAUUGAGGCCAUUAAGGAUGACAAGCUCCACCAAAUGGAGAGAGAGUUGAAAGCUCGGGCUGAGAAGUACGUGAUGACGGCCGCCAAGCUCAUCGCUCCAGCCAUCGAGGCUUCCUUCGCCGCAGGAUUUGACUGGUGUGUUGACUUGGUGAAGAGCUCCCAGUAUGUGGAGCUGGCCAACGACCUGCAGUUAAAAAAGGCCAUGACCUUUUUCAGACAGAUGCACUUUGACCAGGCCAUGAAAAUCCUGAAGGAUGUAGCCAAGCAGGACAGCAGAGUGAAGAGCGCCGCCUCCAACAACCUCUCCAGCCUCUUCAUACUGGAGAAGGACUAUGAGCAGGCAGAGCGAUAUGCUGAUCUGGCUAUGAACGCCGACCGCUACAACCCAGGAGCUUUUGUAUGCAAGGGCAACACAGAGUUUGUCAAACAGGACUACGUAAAGGCAGCAGAGUUCUUCAAGGAAGCUCUGAGGAACGACUCCUCCUGCACCGAGGCCCUCAGAAACCUGGGUCUCACUUACAAGAAGCUGAAUCGUCUGGAGGACGCGCUGGACUGCUUCCUGAAGCUCCACGGCAUUCUCAGGGAUAGCGCCGAGGUCAUGUAUCAGCUGGCUGACACCUAUGAGCUUCUGGAGGAUCCCCAGCAGGCCAUCGAGUGGCUGAUGCAGGUCAUCAGCGUGGUCCCCAACGACCCCAAGGCUUUGGCCAAACUGGGGGAUCUGCACGACCUGGAGGGGGACAAGUCCCAGGCAUUGCAUUACUACUGCGAGUCCUUCAGGCUCUUCCCUUGCAACAUGGAAGUGAUCGAGUGGUUGGCGGCCUACUACGUCCAGACGCAGCUCUAUGAGAAGGCCAUUCAGUACUUUGAGAGAGCCAUACUUGUACAACCAAGUGAGGUGAGGUGGCAACUCAUGGUGGCCAGCUGUUACAGGAGAAGCGGAAACAGCCAAAAAGCUCUGGAAACAUACAAAGAAGUCCACCGCAGGUUUCCAGACGACGCUCAGUGUCUGCGCUUCUUGGUGAGGCUCAGUCAGGACAUGGGCCUGAAGGAAGUCCAAGACUACACCGCUAAGCUGAAGAAGGUUGAGAAGAUGAGGGAGCUCAGAGAGCAGAGGGCAAAGGCUGAGCGAGAGGGCAGCAGAAGCAGGAGAGCAGACAGCGCUGACAGUCCUGACAGUGGCCGCAGCAGCAGCAAAGGAGAGCGUUUGGGCGCCCAGGUGAUGUCACUUCCUGCUUCCAAUGAGCCAUACGAGAGCAGCACCCCUAAAGAACUCGACGCUUCCUAUGUGGACCCACUAGGACCACCUGCAGACACGCCCAGGACGGGGGUCAAGAAACGAGCGGACGACGACGUCUUUGCGGGUGAAGAUGUCGGCGAGGAGCUGCUGCCUGAGUAGCAUGUCCGUCAUGUGUGACACAUACACCCGAGGGGUGUCACGAGACGCGACGAUGCACCAGAUUGCGUCUACGAGAACUAAACAAGGCGAAAUUUUUACAUUACUUUUAUAAAAAGUCAAAUGAAAAAAUAUAAAACAUAUAUCUGACAAUAUAUUGCAAUCUACUAACUUAAUUUCUGCUACGUUACACUCCUCUGCACUGUGUGUGUGUAUAUGCUAGCAGCCCCGCCUCCACCCACCGAGACAAGACUGUAUGACUGACAAAAGGGCUCACUUCGUUCAUGCCGUUGUUCUAUGGAAGAAACGUGCCAAGGUACUGAAAGCGAUGCUCAGAGUGAAUCCUCUUCAUGCCUGUUUGGAAGCGAGAGACGAGGAACACAGACACGCAUGCACAUGGCGAUAUAUAGAGGCUGGCAAAAUUAUCCACUUCAUUUUCUUUUAUUGUGUGAUUAAUUACUUCAUUUAUUACCGUUCCAGGCCUAGCGCCACAAGGCAGUUUUUUGCUAAACAAUAAAUCUUGUCACAUAUUAAUCCUGUGACACACACACACAUACAUACAGUAGUGUAUACUGAUGUAAUGUGGUUGUGACAUAAUUGUUCAAUUUGCAUAAUUUGGUAUGACAUUUUAGCAAAAAGUGUGUUACACAUUAACUUUUAUCGGUUGCUUCAUUUUGUUAUUUUUUUUAAGUGUCACAAACAAGACAGAGUCGCCUGUGAGUGCUUUUAAAAGGGGCGGGGACCCACAGCAUCAUUUGCUGCUUGGAGAGAAGAGCGAUACAUGCGUUCAUGUCAGUCGCCAAAAGUCUCUUCACUAGAUUUGGCACGAGACGCUUUUUUGAAAAAGUACUGAGAGGGGUCUGAAGAUUAGCUAAAUAUAGCAACAAAGUUGGAAACGCUGAUCCCUUCUGCUAGUCAGCGCUCAUCAUAUACAGGUAUGUGUGGCUGAUGGGCGCCCUCUACAGGCGUGAUACUCGCGUCCCCAACUAGUAGCAACUCGCAACAAAUCACUACUCAGACGUCCACCGCGUGAUGUGGAUGAAACCGGAGGAGGUGGGUU